CAAACGAGUGCUGGCCUGCGUGCGAACGAGCGAGCGAACGAGCGACCAGCAGAGCGCGCUGCGGAAGCUGCGGAGGUUACAGUAGGUCCGACAGGAGACCCGUCGGGUACCCGCAGUUCUAAUUUACCACCAAAACCCCGCUAAAUAUCGUCCUCCGAAGAAGACCCGUACCACUCUUCAUCUUCGUCGGACCUGCCGCUACCUUCGACGCUCAUGCCGCCUCGCGUACGAACAACUACUGUUGAAACGAUCGAUCUAACGCAUGAUACCCCGCCGCGGGCCGCUCCACGUACCUCACAACAGUCCCCUCCGCGUGCCCCGCUGCCCCGCGGGGCCCCGCUGCCUCGUAGUACUUCACUGCCUUCACAGCGAGUACUGCCUCCGCCACCGUCACUUACUCCUUGCGCUGCCCGUCUCCCUCCGCCGCCCGCAGAACUGGAGCUGCAGUAACAUCCUAAUGCUCCUGAGUGGUGGCGAAGCAACAUGGCGAGAUUUGCCUACGCACAAAGAGAGAUGGCAGCGUCCAGGGAGAAGCAACUACAGGAGGCGGCUCUACGCGCUCUACGACUACAGGUGGAGCAGGCGAGGAGGGCAGAGCGAGCGGGGCGUGUUGAACGUAUGGAGCAACCCGCUGAGCAACCCGCUGAGCAACCCGCUGAGCAACCCGCUGAGCAACCCCCUGAGCAACCCCCUGAGCCACCUGCGGAGCAACCCGCGGAGCAACCUCCGCAUGUUCAACACGCGGCUAGUGAGCCUCUACAUUCGCAAUCACGUGUGUAGGACCGCACUGAGCUUGAUGAGGACGUUCGAACCCACUUAGACGUUUCUCGUAAACGAAUAGAGAGACAGUUCAACAAGAACCUCCCUCCGCAGCGCUCAUUCAGUGUUGAUAACGUUGUAGCAGUAGUAGUGCCUCCUGAGGACCGCCAGGGCUCGCUGCCGUCCGUGAUUGGUGUGAUCCAUGAGAUAAUAGGAGACGAAUCAAGC